AUGCCCUCCGCGCGUCGCAUGCGCGUCUUCGGACUCCUCGUCCUCUGCUUCACCGUCACAGUCCUCUACUACACCGCAUCCGCGCGGUCUUCGCGCCCACGCGAUCUCCGCACCGCAGGCGACUUCUACAGUAAAACGGUGAAUGCGCUGCCGAAAGAUGUGAAAGGGGGUGCGCAGAAGGUCGUGGAUGAGGAUGAUGAGGAGGUCAAGGCGAGGACGGCGAGACUGAGGGAUGCGGCCAAGCUGGCGAAGGAUAAGGCGAAUAAGAAGGCCCCGAAACCCGAUGCCCCGGGGGAUAUUGAGGGGGUCGGGAGUGCGAGUGAGGGCAGGGGCGUGGUGGGGAGUGCGGGGAGGAGGAAGGAGAAGGUGGAGGGGGUGAAGGAGAGUGAGGAGGAUCAUGAUGUUGAGGUGGAGUUGAAUAGUAUUUUGAAGAGGGCGCCGAUUAUUAUAUUCUCGAAAUCAUACUGUCCGCAUUCAAUGCGUGCGAAGCGCAUACUUCUAGAGAAAUACGAAAUCACCCCUGCGCCUUAUGUUGUGGAAUUGGACAAACAUGAGCUUGGAUUGGGUUUGCAAGCCAGACUUGCGGAUCUGACAGGCAGGAGAACCGUGCCGAAUGUGUUGGUUAAUGGGGUCAGCAUUGGAGGUGGAGAUGAUGUUGCGGAUUUGGAUGAGAAGAAGGCAUUGUCUGGGAAGUUGAAGGAGAUUAUGGGGAAGAAAACUAUUGAGGUUAAGUUGAAGGCUGCGGAGGAAGCGACUGAGGGGGGUGAGAAGAAGGGAAGUGAGGUGCCUAAUCAUGGGCUUUGA